UUAGGGUAUGAAACUAUUGGAUGUUACAGGGACACAUCAAACCGAGCAAUCGAGCCCUUGGAAGGAAAGGAUUCUAUUUUGGAUGGAGCAUAUUGGACUCGGAAGAACCCCAUCGCAAAGUGUGCCCAGGCUGCAAGAAGAGCAGGUUAUGGCAUGUUUGCUAUUCAAAAUGGCGGCUGGUGCGCGGCCAGUGCUACAGCGGUGAAGACGUUUAAAAAAUAUGGAAAGUCUGAAGCUUGUAGAUCUGAUGGCGAGGGCGGGCCAUGGGCUAAUCAAGUUUAUGUCAUCAAAGGUAAACUAAAGUAUCUUCCUUGUGAUAAGGAAGACCUGAAUAUUAUAUGCUAGUUUCAAAAUGACUUAAUGAUUCAGAUCACUGUCACCAAAACGAUGUCAACGACAACGAAACUUAGUAGAAAAAAAUGAGAAAGCAAUUCUCAUAUACUCUCUUAAAAUGUACAUGUAUCAGCAGUAAUGUUACAUUUUUAAUACAAUUUUAGCAUCUAUCGGAUGCUACCUGGACAAACCAAGUCGAGCAAUUCAACCCUUGGAGGGAAAGGAUUCUAUUUUGGAUGGAUCAUACGGCUCUCGAAAGAACCCCAUUGCAAAGUGUGCCGUGGCUGCAAUGAGAGCGGGUUACAGCGUGUUUGCAGUUCAAAAUGGCGGCUGGUGUGCGGCCAGUGCUACAGCAGCGGAGACGUUUAACAAAUAUGGAAAGUCUGCAGCUUGUAAAUCAGAUGGUGAGGGGGGACCAUGGGCUAAUCAAGUUUAUGUCAUCAACGGUAAGACGUUGUCUCGAUGUAGGCCCUCAGUCACUUAGAAGAGACUCACGCCAUUGUGUGCUAUCAGUUGCCAACCAUCCAGUAAAUGUACUUUUUUUUUUUUUGAACAAACAACUUUUUCUCAUUGUAAAGCAAAAAAGGUAACUAUUAUGUAGAACUGGCACUUGAUAACUAUGAAAAGUAAGUAUAAACUAAAAUAUGACAUGACUCACUAUCAAAUAAAAGUAAAGGAUCUCGCUAGACUAUUCUUAAAUUCACCCUAUUUCACCUUCUCAUGAGCACCAGCUCCCAGUGUUCGAAAGUUUUAUUCUGUGUCCGCUUUUAUCUCCUUUUAGGGUUUGGAUCCAUUGGAUGCUACAAGGACACCGGAAACCGAGCAAUUUUACCCUUGGAAGGAAAGGAUCCUGUUUUGGAUGGGGCAUAUUGGACUCGAAAAAACCCCAUUGAGAAGUGUGCAGUGGCUGCAAUCAGAGCAGGUUACGGCAUGUUUGCAGUUCAAAAUGGUGGCUGGUGUGCGGCCAGUGCUACAGCACCAAAGACCUUUGACAAGUAUGGAAAAUCUACAGCUUGUGGUUCUGAUGGCGAGGGUGGACCAUGGGCUAAUGACGUUUAUGUAAUCAGAGGUGAGACAGCUAGUGUUUCGAUGUACACACCACAUUAUUACAGACAUGACAUGCCACCAGUAGCUAACCAUAGUGUCUUUUUUCUUCUUUCUGAAGCGUCAGAAGAAAUAUCAUCGUAAAUUCGGAGGGUUGUGGGUUGAGUUUGUUGUCGGUCCUCUCCCAUGCCCCGGAAGGCUUUUCUUGGGUAAUACGUGUUUUUUCUGGACUCUCCUAAAAUGCAUUUCCUGCGUUCCCUGGCAUUGGUAAAUAAGGGUCAAAUAUAUAUUUGAGAAAGAGAGAAACCCCUGACAGUGUAUAACACUAAAGUUCAGCAAGUAAAAUUAAAAAUUAAUCCUUUUUAUAGGAAAAAUGCAAAUUUUGAAAAAAUGGCAGUCAAAUUUCAGUUGCCAGAGAAUUAAAAGUAUGUUGACAUACCCGUUAGGACGACCUUCAAAUGUUCCCAGAUAUCUUUUAAAAGAGUCGUUAGUCUUGGUAAUCAUAGCUCAAGCGGCUUUUUAAUGAUCUUUGCUUAUUAAGGAUAUGAAUCCAUUGGAUGCUACAAGGACACUGGACAUCGUGCAAUCCACCCCUUGGAAGGAAAGGACCCUGUUUUGGAUGGAUCUUAUUGGAGUCGGAAAAACCCUGUGGAAAAGUGUGCCGCAGCUGCAAUGAAAGCGGGUUACGGCAUGUUUGCACUCCAAAAUGGCGGCUGGUGUGCGGCCAGUGCAAUAGCGCCACAGACUUUUAACAAGUAUGGAGAGUCUGCAGCUUGUAAGGAUGACGGCGAAGGUGGACCAUGGGGUAAUCAAGUCUAUGUCAUCAAUGGUAAGACUUAGUUUCGAGACACGCCUCGAAUCUGAAUUUGAUGAUGAGACAUGAGCCAUUUCAUGCUAACAGUUGCCAAGAAUAUUGUAAAUGUUUUUAUUUUUUACACAACCAACUUUUUCUCACAGUUAUUUAAUUCUGAAGAUAACUAUGGUGUAACAUAUCGUAAUGUAGCAGAUCUUAAGGCAACAAGGCACGACAACUAUGAUAAAUAACUAUAAAGAUAGCCUGGUUCCUCAUCAGUAAAAAAGUCCCAGAACGCGUAACUUUAAAAACGUAAGACCAUUCUCAUACACUCCUUUUUUCUGCUUCAUGAGUGCCAGCUCCUGAUAUCUGGAUGUUUUAUCCUGUGUUUAGUUUUGUAUUCAGGAUAUGAAUCUAUUGGAUGCUUCCGGGACAGGCCAAGUCGAGCGAUCCAACCCUUGGAAGGAAAGAGUUCCCUUUUGGAUGGAACAUAUUGGACUCGAACGAAUCCCAUUGCAAAGUGUGCUGCAGCGACUAUAAAAGCAGGUUACAGCAUGUUUGCUGUUCAAAAUGGCGGCUGGUGUGCGGCCAGUACUACAGCGGCGAAGACGUUUGACAAGUAUGGAAAGUCUACAGCUUGUAAGGAUGACGGCGAAGGCGGACCAUGGGGUAAUCAAGUUUAUGUGAUCAAAGGUAAGGUAGCGUUUGGAUACACGCCCGACAUUAUUUAGAUGAGAGACAUCAGCCAGUGCGAAGUGCUAACAGUUGCCAAGCAUCUUAAAAAUGAUUUUCCUUCGUAUAAAACCUGGCUUUACGCUAAUGACUGGGUUCACCAUCAGACAAGUGACAGAAAAGUUAACUCAAGAACCACUUUCGUAAAUUCUCAUUAAACCCUUAAGAGCACCAACUCUGAAAAUUUAAAUGCAAAUUUGAAAUUACAGGGUCCGCGCAGAAGUUUCCGAAGGGCGGGAACCAGUGGAUUCAACUGCGCAUGCUAAGGAAAGUGGGGGUUGGGGUAGGAGGUCCGAGGACGUCUUCUAUGUGGGUUCAAACGGAUCUAGCUGCUACAAAGAGAGUUAGCAGGAUCUUCGCAAUAGAAUGAACAACCUAAGAGGUUGCAAAAGAACCUGAAAAUUCAGGCUUGACCGGGAAUCGAACUCUUGGCCCUUGCGAUGACCGGACGCAACGCUCAGAUUUCUCUUAGCAAAGAAGGAAUUGAUAAUUAUUGUCGGAAAGCUGAAUCCAUUACGUUUCCACUUUUGGAUAAAAAGCUUGAUAUUACCGUACUUAAUUGUAAACUGCAAUGUCUAUAAACGUGCACACUUACAGACAUUUUAUAAACCCAUAAUAUGUCUGUAGAUUUGACCGCAUUUUGCGAAACUAAAUCGCAUAAAAUGUCCCUGAAAUUCUAAUGUUUCCCUUGUAAGAUUCAAUCUACAUUUACAGAAAUUUUAAACCUUUCCACCUUUUAAAAUGUGAGCAUAGUCCUUAUGAAAUACUCAAGGAAAAAAACUCUGUAUAAUAGAUAAGAUAAAAUGUCAACAAAAUCUUCGUAAAUUGAACAAAAUAACUGUGGAAAAAGUUAAUGAAGUGUUGAAAAAAAAAGUUUUUACAUGCAAAGGAUGUUUGUACAAUAUACUCGGAGAACUACAAGGAAACUGUGCAAAAUGUUUCUAUUUUUUUCUAUAAAAAUAAUAACAAUGGAAGCAAAACAGGAAGAAAACAAAAUCCUAACAAAAUGUAUGCAAAAAGUGCACAAAAUGUUUGUAAAUGUCCAUAAACAAAGUACACAUGUCUUAAAAAACUUAAGUAUUUUAUUUUAAUUUUUUUCCAAGUGUUGACAUAAUAAAUAUUUGUUUCACUAUUACGACAAAGAAUUGAAUACAUACAUAUAGAAACGUUAUUUUACACAAGGUACGUGUAAUUCUCCAGUCUUCGGAUAUAUUUAAGCAAUAGAAAACGUUUCCCGUGUUUGCAUAGCCUGAUAUAAACACGAGAGGGGUUGGGAGAAUUCGAGACAGUUAUGCAAACCCGAGACGAGGUCGAGGGUUUGCAUAACUGUCGAGAAAUCUCCCAACCCCUCUCGUGUUUAUAUCAGGCUAUGCAAACACAGGAAAAAAGUUUUCUAUUGCUUUUAUAAAAUAACUUUCCCUAGAAAAACUUAAACCUCCUUGUUAUGGCACUGAUUAAAAGAGAAAUUCUUACCAGUCGCAAAGUCGUGUACACGAAGGCUUACACGCGUAAUCAGUUCUUGUUUUGCCAGAGAUGCUUUCCAAAACACGGAUUUUUCUCGCGUAAAAUGUCAGCUUAGCGAAAAAGAAAUUGACACAGCUUGUUUGUAAAGAUUUUCCAAGUUUCAGCCGACGAAGGAGUGGGUGAAUAAAGUAAACUUGUCGAGUUUUGAACUCAAAAUUUUUUCAAAUUUCUGCUGGCGUGAUUAGCGCGCGAAAAGCAAAACAUCUUGACGUCACAACCAUGUUUACAUACUCUCAUGCAAACACUCCUCUCGGCCAAUCAGAGCGCGCGUACUAUCUUAGUUAUUUUAUAAAUAUAUAUAGUAAGACCCUGUUUACAUGGAGUGGGGGAACCCGGUCUAGUGGGGUGGGUUUCUUUUGUUUUCACGCCCUGGAGAACACAAAACAAAAGAAACCCACCCCACUAGACCGGGGUCCCCCACCUCCAUGUAAACAGGGUCUUAGUCGCACAUGAAAAAAAAGAAAACAAAAACAUCAAGACACUUCUUCACAAGUCUAAUUCUUGAAUAAUAAUGAGUGAAGUUUAUAAAUUAUCGGAAGAAGAGGCAUUCUUGAAGUUCACAUGCCGCAGGGAAAUGGUUUCCUCAAAGCGGAAGAUUAUGCUAUUUUUUCCACCUUUGCUGAAAGUUAUUGAUUGAGAGAAGUUAUUUUAUCCGCAAUUCUAAGGCAUUUUCCAAUCUUUAAGCAGCGGCUAAUUCAUAGGAUUCAUGUACUGAAGACUUAUUGUGGACAAGACUGAGAACCAGAUCCUUAGACUAUUAUCAAAAACUGAAUUUCUUUAAUGAAGAACUUUAGGAAAGAAUAUACUUUUUUGCAUGACACAGAUGGGGUGGGGGGGGAGCGGUAAGGCCCUUUGCUCCCUCCCCCUGCGCAGGCCCUGGUCUCAUAUCAAAGUUUCUUUUAUAUUCAGGGUAUGAAUCCAUUGGAUGCUACAGGGACACCGGAAACCGAGCAAUCCUACCCUUGGAAGGGAAGGAUUCUAUUUUGGAUGGGAGAUAUUGGACUCGAAAGAAUCCCAUUGCAAAGUGUGCCACCGCUGCAAGGAGAGCAGGCUACAGCAUGUUUGCAGUUCAAAAUGGUGGCUGGUGUGCAGCCAGUGCCACAGCAGGGAAGACGUUUAACAAGUAUGGAAAGUCUACAGCUUGUGGAUCCGAUGGUGAAGGCGGACCAUGGGCUAAUCAAGUUUAUGUUAUCAAAGGUUAGUGUAUAAUAUCUAAUUAAGUUGUCAUUAUCUAACAGCAGACUUUACUAUUAUGGUAAACUAUGAAAAGGAAUUUACUCACAAAAGGUUCAACAAAAAACGUCAGGCAAUCCUCAGUCACUCCUUCAAGAGAUAUCAGCUUUGAUAUUUUAACUUUGAUUAAAUUUUAGCAUCUAUUGGAUGUUACAAGGACACCUCAAAACGAGCAAUCCAGCCCAUGGAAGGAAAGGAUCCUAUUUUGGAUGGAGCAUAUUGGACUCGAAAGAACCCCAUUGAAAAGUGCGCCGUGGCUGCAUCUAGAGCUGGUUACAGCAUGUUUGCAGUUCAAAAUGGUGGCUGGUGUGCAGCCAGUGCUACAGCACCAGAGACCUUUGACAAGUAUGGAAAGUCUACAGCUUGCGGUUCUGAUGGCGAAGGUGGACCUUGGGCGAAUCAAGUUUAUUGUAUGGCUAAUUGCUGAUCUGUUACUGGCUCUAGAUGAGUUGUUUCGCACGAGAGUGUACACCUCACCGUAGCUGAAAUAAAUAGAAUAAGGGCUACAUGGGACAGCCAAAACAGUGGUUGCUCCACUGUUUAACGUAGGUCAGUUUAUAGUAGCAUAGAGCUGAUGCGGAGAAAUGUAAGCUUUAGGAGUUUGUUUCCUUAUAUGCUGAAAAAAAAGGUUGUGCUGAUUUAUGUUGUUUUUUCUUUGCCUUGUUUAUAAGAUUUAGAAGACACGGAAUAUGUUAUAUAUAACAUUUUUUUUAAGGUCCCCUUCCUUGAAUUAUGUUACUUUCAAUUUAAAUUGCUACUCCUUGUAUAUCGCGGGGUUUAAGUGGUUAACACUUUACGGUAAUCGGCAAUUGCAAAACAUGUCCCACUUUUAGCACCGUAUUUUAGGCCUAUUCAGACCUGGUUGGCCUCUGAGCCCAAAACCGCCCAACACGCCCUCCUUCUUCUGCUCUCUUUAAUCUUCGCUACUUAUUUUUUUUUUUUUUUUUACUACCAAACUUAGCGACUUUUUCAAAAUGUUACUUGGACACACUUUAUUAGAGAGCUUAAGCAGCAGACAUUUUUGAGGUCACGAGCGCCGACCGGAAAUUACUCGCGCCAGUGUGAAUAUACUGCGCGUGUGUUUACGUCUGUGAGUCAGGUCGCCGAGGCCAGAACGCCACUCUUGAAGUUCAAGAUAGAACGCGAGAUUCUAGUGCUCGAAAUUUCGCGUUUGGGUAAGAAUUAAUGCAGCCUCAUUCCCAGUCUUCCUUGGCGAUUUCGGAUUUGAGGUCACCUGUCAAGCUUGUCUUGGAAAUUCGCCGAAUUCGCCAAGGAAUCGUUCCGCGUAAACACGUGUUAUUAUCUUAGGUCAGUAAUUUCGAGUUUUGAUUGUAUCAAAAAACGUGGAUUUAAUUUAGCCAAACAAAUCGACCCAUCUGAGGAGUGUGUUCCAGUGAAUGUGACUGGUGAUGGAAGCUGCCUGUCGGGAAUGAGUUAAAGCAUGUUGAACUUCGUGAAAGGUGUGUCAUCGAACUAACUCUGUACUCAGCAUGUUAUCUAGCGGAUGAAGAACUCGUUAAUCGAAUCGCAGGAGAACGUAAGAGAGACUAGGUGUCGUCCCAAACGAUUACUGGAUCAACUCAUAGACGCUGCUUUUGGCCAUGAAAUAUAAAAAACGGAAGUCGUGAAGUGCUGUCAGCCUUUUGAAUACGCCUCACUGUAGAUUUAGUGUCUUGUUUCUUUCAACUCGUAAGUUACUCUUUUCAAAGAGAAACCAUCAAAUAUAAGAAUUCAGGAAGAAAUAGCUGGCUUUGAAUUCUAAUACAAAUCUUCUAAUUUCCCGCCAUCUUGCCCUGAUUACCGCUUGAUGCAACUAUGAGCGUGAACACCUCUAUUUUACAUGAGAUGAUCCUUUGAGGACUGGUGAAAACUUUCAGUCAAGCUUUCUUUCCGAUUCUAUCAAUUUCUGAUUCUAUCGUUGUUGUUAUUGUUGUUGCACGACCCCAUGUCUAGGUUCUACGUUCCACUGUAGUACUAUUUAAACUUAAUCUCAAUCGUAGCAGGAUUAGAUCAGUCGGUGGAGCACUUGAUUGCAGAGUGGGAGGUCGCGGGUUUAAACCAAUACUCAGAGUCUUAAAAUGACUGAGAAAUGAAGCUUCUACUUUUGCCCUUCUGCAAGUGGCUAAACCUUCGCGUGGCUAGGAUGACCACGUAAAAUGGCGGUCCCAUCUCCAGUAUGAGACGUAAAAAUAGUGUCCCCAAUUAGGAUCAAUUAGUACUUUCGUGCUUAAUACAUUGACACUCAAAUAGAGUGCUUUUCUUUUCUUUUUUUUUUUCAUCUCGAAUCACUUUCACAGCAGUGGUCUUCCGGUGAGUCGUGAGUUUAAAAAGAGUAUUACAUGAGCUUUUGGUACUAUUUUCAAAAUAGACCAUCAGAAUGUUCUGCUGCAUGAACUGGGAGCUGCAAGGUACAUGUAGGAAAAACUAAACAUUUGCUGUACAAUACCUUUCUCAGAAAUUAUGCAGGCAGAAAAAUUAAGAUAAGGCCAUCCCCCUUUUUUUUUUCGUGUAGCGUAGAAUGCGUUUCCUGGUGUUAGGGCAGUCGGUCGGUCGGAUUGAAAAAAAAACCCUAAAAAAAAAAGUCUCAAGAAGUCGAAGUUAACGUUUGAAUAUUUGGAUUAACAAAAUGCACAUUAUACUGUAAAAGUGCUCCUGUUUUUGUUCUUGUUUUACUCUAUGCUGUUACUAUGCUCAUUUUUUCAGAUUAAAAGAAUGAUUUCAAGUGAAAAAUGGUUUAACUAAGUCGUUACUUUUUUUUUGGUUUUUGGAAAAUGCCAAAAAUUUGGGUCGUUCGGACGACGCUAGACGGAGAAAAAAAAGAGGAUGGCCUAAAGCCUCAACUAUCCAAAAUUUCCCCACCUCUAAAUAUCAUUGCAACCUCCUUUAGUGUGAUUUUACUUAACGUGAACAAUAUCGUACCUUUGUGUCUCAGCCCGGAUCAGGAUGAUUGAUUCGUUUAACCAAAUGAAACGAGAAUAUUUAACAAUUAUUCCUCGAGCCCGAAUGGGCUCUGAGUCAAUAUAAUAAAAUCCAACUAGUUGGUCAAAAAUAUCGAGAAUAAAAAAACCUUAGUUGCUGACCAAUGUCGAAAAGUAAACUGCUAAAUGGCACCGAAACCAGCUUUAGGCGCGCACUGAUUUUUUGUGUUAAAGAGAGAAUUGUGGGUAGGAGCAAAAAUAAAUAAAUAAAUACGGAGGCAAGGAAGGGAGGGGGUAAGAUAGUAAUUCUGUCUACAUCCACUUCUGCACAAAUACCUAACCACAAAACAAGCAAAAAAAAAGAGACAUAAGCAAACAACAACAUGCUGGCUACAUACAUGCGACGCAUGCGUCAUAACAAACUGGAGAUUAGGGGUGCUUACCAUUUGACGGAAAAUUUCGGAAAUUCCGGACGGAAGGUAAAUGGUAAGGUCACUUUUCGGAAAUUCCAACCGAAAAUUGAGGAGUACGUUUUGAGGUAGUCCUUUCAUUCCGGUUGGUACGAACCAAACGGAAUGUUGCUUACCAUUAACCAAUUUCUCAGUUCCUUCUCGGUUCCAGACUCACGCGACACAAAUUCGCCCUUUUUUGGAUUCUAACCGUAACGGAUGUGGCAUUUCUACGGUAAACUGGCAAAUUGCUUACCAUUAUGCUUUCGCCACCCCAACCGGAUUUUUCUGUCAAAUGGUAAGCACCCUAGGAUUGCGGGCUCCUCUUGUCGUCCGCAAAAAAAAAAAAAAAAAAAUUCAAAAUGUCCUCGAGUUUGCCAAUCUUUCGGAAUCGAUCUGCACAGGUUCCCGUUUAUUUCGAAAUAGCAACUUGCUUACCGCUCAUGAACAUGUCGCGAAUAGUUAUAUUGUACCUAGCCUGUACAUUUAUUUCCUUUCCCUUUACUAAGAACAGUUACGAAGAAUCUAAUCCUGGCAAUAAGAACCAAAAAGCGAGGUACAGCUGGAGGAAAGCAAACCCAGGAAGAAUGUCAACAUCCGGAUUGCGAUAAGCACGUGGCUAGGGACUCCAUUUAACAAACUUAUUUAGAGACCGACCCAAAAUCCCACAAAAUUUACGUCAGAAUCAGGCCCUUUGGCUAAUAUUUUUAAUUUACCAGCGCGAAAUGUUUGUCCUAUUAACGAAAAUGCACAACGGGACCAUUGUAUUACACAUAAACUGCUAUUUUAACUGGAAUUAACAGUGUUACAUUCAUUUUGAUAAAAAAAUAGUGUUUUCUCAAGUUGAUAUUAAGUAUAUCCGAUUGAUUGAUUUUGAGAAAGUUUCUAUCUAUAUCGAAGUUAACUAUGUACAGUAUGUGGAAGUUUUAAGUUUAAUUGUUAAAUUGUAGCUAUUUUCUUGUUACUUUCUUUGAUUAGAUAAUGUUUUAAAAUUAGUGUGUUAAAGUUUAUUUCUUGUUUGCUUUUAUUUGAUUAAACAAAGUAUUGAAUGUAUUUUUCAUUUACUUUUUAUUUAUGUAUUCAUUUGAGAAGAAAACUCUUUUACUUUUACUACUUUUUGUAAUAACGAUAAAAUUGACACGAUGAUCCGCUAACUUGAGUCCAAGCCAUUCCUACGUUUCGUUUGGGAUCAUUUGCGGUCCAAGCUGGGGAUCGUUUGCGGUACUGUACAGUGUCGAACGAAACACGAAAUCGGUGAAAUUUGCUAUUUUCAGCUACAAUAACGACAAUGAAUGAUUUUCCAGUAAUGUGAGACUUAGUUAUGAGCACAGGAUUAUGGGAUCGCCAGGGGGCAAACAUUGAAAGUCGAUACAAAGAAAUGUAUGGCUUGGAGCUCUCUGUAUAUACCUGCCGCUUUAAUAGCACGAUUAAUUAGCCCUGAAUGGGAUCUUAAUGACUCUACUGUAAACGAUUUCUUCGCUUCUUAUCUGACCCAGAUCGACUUCGUUGUUCGCCAUUUUGAAAAUCAAUAACCGCAAGCCAUAUCCUCGCUGGCGAACGGAACGUCGCCCGAAGGGCGACCGAGACACGAAAGGCCGAUCUUGCGAGCCCUCAGUCUCUUGGUUGCGGUCAACUAACGGGGAACCACUAUAUGAUACUUACACCACGUACCUACCAAUAGAAUGUGUAACGAAACUGUAACGCGAUCAAAAUAACCCAUUUUUUCAUAGGUUUUCGACGGGUUUUGAUGUUUUAACGACAAACACAUCUCCUCUGGACCCUGUGCAUUUGGCCGUGAUUUUAUGAGAAGCGGAGGUGACUAAUGUUGGUGCUUUGAAAUUGUAAGUUUUUGUGGGAUCAAUGCUAUGAAGUCUAUCGAUAAACACUCCUUGCGUAAGGUCGACUGUGAAAUUUACUGAAUGGUCUCGAAAUAUGUAGUACUAACUUAGGUAUAAAUGAGCGGGCAAUGCGGACUCAUUUAAGCCUUUCCAGUUGUACUUACAUGUGCUCAUAUUUACAACGAGUGUAAUUACGCUCCGCUCGGCCGGCGAUCACAAUGAUCACAACGAUCGAAGGUAAGCUUAUGUAUUGUCGAAUUUGAUAUGUAUUAACUUUAAAAACAAGAACAACUUCCCCACAUUUAUAUUGAUUUCUUCUCGCCAAAAAAAACAAGCGAAAUGUUUGGUAAUGAUCCAGAGCACCAAUGAGUUCUAAUGCCUUUUCCAAUUAUUUUUAGGGAAGAUAUAGAAUCUUCGCCCAAAAAUUUUUAUCAGUAUAAUACACAUAAGUAGAAAAAUAUAUAUAUACUGGAUAAAGAUUUACGAACAAAAUUAGUUAUGCAGAACAGUCUGACUUUUUAUGAAAAUUGGCAAAUACCGUAUUUAUUCGUAUAACCGCCCUACCUCGAAUUAGCGCCCACCUCGAAUAAGCGCCCAGCCUCGAAUAAGCGCCCAGCCCCUCCUCCUCCCAAUCAAACUCAAAUAAGCGCUCACCCCCACCCCACACACUUAAGUGAAUAAAUUUUAAGAAGAGACUUCCCCGCGGACGGAGUUUUCUUCAGAGUAUUUUACAAAAACCUUGCAUUGUUACAUCCUCGCAUUUUGUUAUUACCAUUUAUUGUUUUGUUGCAAAAUAAACAUACUUCACUUGCUGAAAAUGAUGAAAAUUUAAUAAGCGCCCACCUCGAAUAAGUGCCCACUCUCAAGGUCCAAAAAUUUAAUAAGCGCCCAGGGCGAUUAAUCGAAUAAAUACGGUAUGAUAAUUCCCAUCAACUUGGUAUUUAUUUACACACUCUGACUGCUUUUGUAUCGGAAAUCUUACUCGUUCCUACGAUUUCUGCCUCAUUUACUAAUGGUUAAAUACCAUGUACUUUCCAUGAAAUAUUUCGUAGAUGUCACUUUGUUUAUACUAAAGUAAAGGAGGAUUUUUUUAUUUUUAUGGCCACGUACAUACUUUAACUUGUUAACGUGUUGUCUUGUCAUAACCCGCACAGCGCCGCACAGCGCUCAUAGCGGCCGAGCGUCGUUACACUCUUCAUAAAUAUCACCACACUUAAUUAUAACUUAAACGCUUAAAAGAGCCAAUCCCCCUACAAGUAUGCCUAAAUUUGUACUAUAUAUUUCGAGACCUUUUCUUCAUGUAGAUCACUGUGUAAAUUCAGUAAAUAUAUUAAAUUUCACCCUCAACCUCACGCAAGCAGUGUUUAUCGAUAGAAUUUAUCGCAUUAAUCACACAGAAACUUGAAAUUUCAACGCCCCAACAUUAGUCACCUCCGUUUCUCAUAAAAUCACGGCAAAAUGCGGCAUUCUCUCUCCAAAGACACCGCUUUUAACGGAGAAACAACUCCACGCUAUACAUUUCUUUGUAGCGACUCGCAAUGUUUGCCCCCUGGCGAUCCCAGAAACUCAUUCAUUUUAGGUCACAGAUAAAUCGCGGUUGAUUGUGAAAAUAGGAAAUCUUUCGAUUAUUCAUUGAAAUUUCCAAACAUAAGAAUAGUCGUGUGUGGGCUCUCUAUGAAGUUAAAGUAAUAAUACUUGUUUGACAAUAAUUGGUCUGCCGCCAGAGCCUGACAUGGGUGACCUUUUGUUUGCAUAUGCAAUGAGGAAACAAGACCCGCUCCUUUUUCGUGCUUGAGAGAGAUCAUUUUACUAACAAAGAUACACUUGAUCGAACACUAAUAUUCUACCACGAGCUUCAUUUUGCAGUGGGUCGAAGGUUCAAAAUUCAGUGAGAAGCAAUUUUCAGUUACUAGUAUCUCUGCGUCCGCUAACCGGAUUUUGGAAACAGUAUAUCAUCAAGGUGAGGCCUUUUAUAUUACGAUUUUUUUUGUGCGGUUUGUGUGACACAGAUCAAAUUAUUACUCCUGACUGAGCGAACAUGAAAUCAGUUGAAAACUGUGGACUGAACCGAUGGCAAAGUUUAAGUUAUAACACCACAGUAGUCUAUACUGUAUAUGUUGUGGUGAGCUGCCUAAAAAUUGAAAAAAAGAUAUCGGCGUGUUGGUCAUAACUGGUAAUUUCGAGGAAUAGACUUUUUUUCUCUAUUUUUGUCUGCAAUCGAAAGUAACGCUAAAAAAAAUCUUAAUUAAGUUUGCUUCAACAAAUUAAAUCUAUACAAUUUUACCCCUCUUGCAACUCGGAAACUAUUCUAAUGACGAUCUUAGAACUUCCUUUCGGCAGCUCAGAUAAAAGAGGUGCGUUAUUUAUACCAGGUUAUACGACAUUUUUGUUUACAAAUACUGUCAAAUGAGUCUGAGCGCAGUGGAAACCAAAUCAGAUUUAUGAGUAAUCAAUUCUAUAUUUCUCCAGGUCUCAAACAAACAAAGUUUUAAAAGUUUUCGGAGUCUUUUCAACGUGGAGUUGAAUUAACUGUAUCUUUUGAGUCACUAAAAUUUAUGUCAGUCUUGUCAGUCCGACGUCGUCUUAUUUAUUUAUAUGUAAGUGUGGGUAAUGUCUCGAAUAUAUCAUAGAAACGUGAGGAAGUUCAGAUCAAGAAACAAGAAUCGAUUUGUGAAAUGCUAACACUGGUAGAGACAACAAGCAAGACAACCCUGGAUUUGCGUGGCGAUUUUAUUUAUCUAUUUUCAUUUUUUUCGAAAAUCAAAUUCCUUUUCCAUAAAACGUGAGUUUUCCAACGUGGUUAUGGCCAUUAUGUGCUCUUUUUCAGAAAGAUGAAAUUAGCAGUACAUUAUUCCGCACGGAAAAGGCUGCUUAUGGCGUUUCUCUGUUUUGCGGUCCUUGCAGUCAGCAGCGGGAACUGCGGUAAAUGUCUACUCAGGCUGCGUACUGAAUAAACUUAUUACAAAUUUACGAAUUCAUAGCAGGAUAGGACUGGAUCCGUUGAUAUUUCUUCAGUCAGUGACGUAAAGAUCUUGGUGCUGAUGCUCAAUAAUUAAUGGACUUACUUAGAAGCUCAAGAUUCGAACACAACGCUCCCUCGGAGGCCGACACCAAAUUCAUGUAGCGUGCUCCAUACAAAGCGCAAGAAAUUUGGUUAAAAAUUUUUACCAAAUAUCUCGCGGAAAAUCUGCACUGAAGCUGAAUCUUGGCAAGACUAGGCCAGGCUUGCAUGUGAAUUUUUCUUUCCUUAGAUUGUUGACAUUAUUUAUUAUUGAAUGGUUGAAAGAUGUCCUUUUGGUCGCGUCUAUUAAAACAGGCAACUAGUGGAACAGUCUCUUGAUCAAAUUCAUUCACCACCAUAUAAAGGUUGCGUGGCAGGCGUUCAAAAGGGAAGGGCUGGGGCUUCUUUUUAACGCUGUUAUCCUAUAUUUUGCUUAUGUUUAGGGUAUGAAACUAUUGGAUGCUACAAAGACACCUCAAACCGAGCAAUCCAGUCAUUGGAAGGAAAGGAUUCUAUUUUGGAUGGAUCAUAUGGCUCUCGGAAGAACCCCAUUGCAAAGUGUGCCGUGGCUGCAAUGAGAGCAGGUUACAGCAUGUUUGCAGUUCAAGCUGGUGGAUGGUGUGCGGCCAGUGCUACAGCACCAAAGACCUUUGACAAGUAUGGAAAGUCUACAGCUUGCCGAUCAGACGGUGAAGGCGGAGGAUGGGCAAAUCAGGUUUAUAUAAUCAAAGGUAAGCAUGCAGCGUUAGGAUACAGGACUUGUUUUAUAUACGAACGAAAGUUAAUCGAUAAAUUCCAUCGUAUUUCCAGAAACUUUGAAAAUUUAAAAUAUCUACUAGUCAUAUAUUUUUUCUCAAGCCACCGAUAAUUUCCUUUUAACUUAAAUAUAUGGCUAUGGAAAUUAAGCAGUUUUCCUUCUUAACUUUGGGCAGACGUGUCAACUACGAGGAACUUUUCAUAAAUUAAUCUUUUUAAAAUUUUAAUGAUGUUUUUGUCAGACAUCAAGCCAAACGUAGAUCAUGUCUUCAGCCUUUCAGUCCGCCUUUUUGCAAUCCUGUCCCUGGUGAAGGAAAAAGUUAAUUAAAUAGUUUCUCUUUAACACAGUUUUGAUAAUAUAUGUUUACCUUCAUUUUCAGCGUACGAAACUAUAGGAUGCUACAAAGACACCUCAAACCGAGCAAUCCAGUCAUUGGAAGGAAAGGAUUCUAUUUUGGAUGGAUCAUACGGCUCUCGAAAGAACCCCACUGCAAAGUGUGCCGUGGCUGCAAUGAGAGCUGGUUACAGCAUGUUUGCAGUUCAAGCUGGUGGAUGGUGUGCGGCCAGUGCUACAGCACCAAAGACCUUUGACAAGUAUGGAAAGUCUACAGCUUGCCGAUCAGACGGUGAAGGCGGAGGAUGGGCAAAUCAAGUUUAUAUACUCAAAGGUAAGCAUGUAGUGUUAGGAUGCAGGUCUUGUGUUACAUCAGGGGCACCCAACGAGAAUAUAGUUCAAAACCACUUAAACAUAGCAUUGUUAAACGUAUUUUAGUAUUUAAACGGUAGAUAAAGGCAUAUUUUUGUCCCCUAAAAAUUUUUCAUCUGUUCGGAUUUCCUAGCUGAAAGUCUCGAGAUCCGAAAAUCAUAGGGAUCAAAACUUACCUUUUCGAAAAUUUCAGCCAGAAAAAAGGCUCCAGAAAAUUCUAGGUGAGCUUUUUAGGGCAAAAAUCCGUUAAAAAUGGGCAAUUACACCAAUUUUUACAUGUUCGAAAAUCCUAGGAGAGGUAGGCAAGCAAGAAAUUUUACAAAAAAUGUUCCGAAAAUUCUAGAUCUCAAAUCGUCUUCCGAACAGAUAUUUUCCGAAAAUUGACGUUGGGUGCCCCUGUUAUAUACGAACGAAGUUAAUCGAUAAAUUUCAUCGUAUUUCCAGAAACUUUGAAAAUUUAAAAUAUCUGCUAGGAAUAUAAUUUUUCUCAAGCCACCGAUAAUUUCCUUUUAACCUAUAUGGCUAUGGAAAUUAAGCAGUUUUUCUUCUUAACUUUGGGCAGACGUGUCAACUCUAAAGAACUUUUCAUAAAUUAAUCUUUUUAAAAUUUUAAUGAUGUUUUUGCUCGCCAUCAAGCCAAACGUAGAUCAUGUCUUCAGCCUUUCAGUCCGCCUUUUUGCAAACCUUUGAAAAAAGUUAAUUAAAUAGUUUCUCUUUAACACAGUUUUGAUAAUAUAUGUUUACCUUCAUUUUCAGCGUAUGAAACUAUCGGAUGCUACAAAGACACCUCAAACCGAGCAAUCCAGUCAUUGGAAGGAAAGGAUUCCAUUUUGGAUGGAUCAUACGGCUCUCGAAAGAACCCCACUGCAAAGUGUGCCGUGGCUGCAAUGAGAGCUGGUUACAGCAUGUUUGCAGUUCAAGCUGGUGGAUGGUGUGUGGCUAGUGCUACUGCACCAAAGACCUUUGACAAGUAUGGAAAGUCUACAGCUUGUCGCUCAGACGGUGAAGGCGGAGGAUGGGCAAAUCAAGUUUACUUGCUUAAGUGCUGA